UUGAUAUUGUGAAAUUUUAAGUAUUUUAUCGAUUUUCAUUGAAUUAUCACAGCAAAUAUUACCACAAAAUGGGCGAAGAAUGGUGCACGGAACACUUGAAGAGCCUCGAGAUCGUUGACAGACGAACAACGGCUCUGAACGAACUAAAAUCGCACCUAAUUACAAAGGGCAAGGAUGAUGCAGCAAUUUACGACCAAGUCUUAUCCUCGAAAAAUCUCUUCGAAUGUCUUAAUGAGACCAACAGUGAGGACUCAACUCUCGCAUGUGACGUUCUUGCAAUUUGCAUGAGUAACUUGGAACUGGAAAAAUCCAUUCAGAACACGAAUUUACUUGGUUCUGCUCUAACUCAUCACAAUCCCAAAGUUCAAGCACUUGGCUGUGUCGAAAUCUCUCGCAUCCUAAGGAAUUGUCCAAAUGGCAUCAAAGAUGUGAAUCUCGUCAUUUCGCUCAUCGACUGCCUAAAAUCCGAAGAAUUGAAUGUUUCGUUGCCGUGCAUCCCGAUUCUCGUGCAAUUACUUCCCCAAUUUUUGGAUAUCUCAACUGUGAUGAGUCGUUUCUUGGGAACUCUCGAUGCCGAAGCCAGUGUCAAAUGCCGUUCGUACGAAAUUGCCGUCAAAAUAGCCAAAGUUUCUGCCGAUCGAUUGAAUCACAUGGACGGGGUCUUGGAAAAAGCUGUUGCUGAUUUGGAAUCCACUGAUAUCCUGUUCCAGCUGAACAUGAUCGAGAUUUUAUCGGAACUGGCAGAAAAUGACCAUGGCUUGCUUUAUUUGGAAAACAAGGGAGUUUUCACGAAACUGCUGAAAGAAAUUGAACAAAUCAGUCAAAACCCGCUAAGUAACUUUGUGAUUCCCGGUUUGAUGAAAUUUUACGCGAGAAUUGCCACAAAAUACCCGGAAAAGGUAUUCGAGCAAUUUCCGCAAGUGAUUUUUGCGUUAUUUGAAUGUCUCGUGAUAUCGCUGGACUACACGAUUCUUCCCACAGCCUUGGAUACGUUGGGAGUUUUGGCACGAUCGCGUACGGGAAAGAUAUUUUUGGAGAACACUUUUGGUCCGCAGAUGAAACAAACGCUUCAUGACAUGGGCGCGAAUAUCCAAAAUCUACCCACAGACCUGAAAAUUCGCAUUUUGGAGUGUUUAGAUAACGUUUUCUACACAAACCCGGAGGAAAAUGACAAUCAAGUUGCCUGCAUCACCGAGUCGUGGUACAAAAUUGUAUCGCAAAACGACCAAAGCUUGCAGUUUGUCUUUAAGUACAUCCAGAACCCCUUUCCCGAUAUCAAGGGAGCCUCGUAUUCGUUACUCAAAACGUUGUGUCACGUCAAAUGGGGACACGAACGUUUGAACAAGACCGGCGGAUUGAUUGAAUACCUAUUGGAUCGCAGCACCGAGUCCGAUAAAGACCUCAAAAUUGUAAAAUAUGAAAUUAUUUGUUUGCUGGCCGAGUCAAAUGUGUUUCCGCCGAGAAUUUUGGUGCAGUUGAAGAGUUACGUGAGUGAAGGAGCCUUUUUCGUGCGAGGCAUGACAGAAGUGGCAGUUGAAGGGGCACAAUAAUUUUUGUAUUUUUUUCGAUAUUUAAGAAUAAAAACACU